AAAUAAUCAUCACAAGCUGAAAAACCACAUUGAGUUGUGUGUCUUGCAUGUGAUCGAUCAUGCUUUCAUCCAUGACUACGAGUGCAGCUUUUGCUUUCUUCUUUUGCUUUCUCUUCACCAUUCCAAAUUUCCAUGUUUGCUUCUGCAAUGGCAUCAGCAGCAGUUCCAAUCACACUCAUCAUAAUAAUAUCACUUGCUUCGAAAAUGAGAGGGAAGCCCUGCUUAAAUUCAAGCAAGAUUUGAUAGACCCAAUGAAACGGUUGUCCUCUUGGGAUAUUGGGGAGGAUUGCUGCAAGUGGACCGGAGUUGUCUGUGACAACUUCACCGGUCAUGUCCGCGAGAUCCGACUUCGGAAUCCUUACGAGGCAUCUUUUGAAAAUUAUACGUAUGAAGCUUAUCAGAUGUAUCAAUUAGGAGGAAAGCUAAAUCCCUCUUUGCUCAAUUUGAAGCACCUCCAAUAUCUGGACUUGAGCCUCAAUGAUUUUGAAUGGGCUCCCAUCCCUAGCUUCAUUGGCUCUAUUGCAACUUUGAGAUACCUCAACCUUUCUUUGGCGGGAUUCGGCGGAACCAUUCCACCUCAAUUAGGAAACGUCACCACCAUGCGUUACCUUGAUCUUCGAUCUAACUACAAACUACGUUGUGGAAAUUUGCAAUGGCUUUCGCGUCUUGUUUUGCUACAACACCUCGAUAUGAGUAAUAGAGACCUCAACAAAGCGUUGGAUUGGCUACAGGUGACAAGCAACCUCCCUACAUUGGUAGAAUUACACUUGUCGAAUUGUGAACUCAAGUAUGUCGUCUCUCCUUCUUCAACUAACAAAAUUAACUUUACAUCACUUGACAUCCUCGACCUUUCCUAUAAUUCCCUUCUGGGACCAUCUGUACCAGGUUGGAUUCUCAGUCUUAAUCAUCUAGUCUCCCUAGAUUUGAGAGCAUGUUUGUUUGAAGGUGGUCCACUUCCUAGUGGUCUUCAAAACAUGACUUCACUCAGAGUUCUCGAUUGGUCUUAUAAUAAUUUUAAUUCUACCAUACCAAACUGGUUGUAUAGUCUAAGCCAUCUUGAGUCACUCGGUUUUCGUAGGAAUCUUUUGCAUGGUGCGGUGUCAAUUGCCAUUGAAAACUUGACUUCCCUCGUUAGCCUUGACUUAUCAGACAAUCAACUUCAGGGGAGUAUACCAACAUCACUCGGAAAACUUUGUAAGUUGAAGACAAUUAGUUUAUCAAAAAAUCAACUUCAGGGGAGUAUACCAACAUCACUCGGAAAACUUUGUAAGUUGAAGACAAUUGAUUUAUCAUAUAACGAGUUUUCCGGGGAGGUAGCAGACAUUUUCGUAGGUUUCUCUCGAUGCAAGUCUAAAGAGUUAGAAACCUUCCGCUCGAGGUGGAAUCUUCUUCUUGGUCACUUGUCUUAUGAGCUUGGUCAACUAACAAGUCUCGCCUACUUUGAUCUCUAUGGAAACUCUUUUUCUGGUCCCAUUCCAACGUCGAUCGGAAGAUUAUCAUCCUUGAUAAGCUUAGAUCUUUCCAAUAAUAAGUUCAAUGGGACCCUUCUUGAAAGUCUUGGGCGUCUUGGAAAGUUAGAAAGCUUGUACAUAUCCAAUAAUUUGUUGGAGGGUGUCGUCUCUGAUGUUCACUUUGCCAGUCUCACGAAAUUACGUGACCUAGAUGCUGGUGGAAACAAUUUAACUUUGAAUGCAAGUGAGAAUUGGGUUCCCCCUUUCCAAGUUGAAAUUUUGAGUUUGGAUUUAUGGACGUUAGGGCCACAGUUUCCCCUUUGGCUUCCAUCUCAAAUGAAGUUGGAUUCGUUGAGCAUAACCAACACAAGAAUUUCAAACUCCAUUCCGACCUUAUUUUGGCCCAAUCUUUCCAAAUUAUGGUUCGUAAACCUCUCUUGUAACCAAAUUCGUGGAGAGAUUUCAAGCAUUUUAAAUGUUGAGGGUUCCUUUGCCACGAUUGACCUAAGUUCCAAUCUCUUCAACGGUUCGCUACCGCUCAUUUUCCCUAACUUGACUUGGCUAGAUCUUUCGAAUAACUCUUUUUCAGGAUCUAUUUACCACAUGUUAUGUGAUAAGGGAGAGGAACCCAAUCAAUUGUACUACCUCAAUAUUGGACGUAAUCGUUUGUCGGGAAAAAUUCCCGACUGUUGGAAGCAUUGGCAAUCCCUAGGAAUCAUCAAAUUAGAGAACAACAAUCUGGAGGGUAGCAUUCCAAGCUCCAUCGGACUGCUAGCUGGACUUAAUUCAUUGCACUUGCGGCACAACAACCUCACAGGGGAACUACCGCAGACAUUGCGAAAUUGCUCAUCUUUGUUGGUCAUCGACCUUGGUGAAAACAAACUUACUGGAACCAUACCACCGUGGAUGGGCAAUGCCUUGUUAGGAUUGAUAGUUCUGGAUCUGCGUUCGAAUAACUUUUCAGGCAACCUUCCAUAUGAACUAUGUCUUUUCAGCUCUCUUCAAAUCUUGGACGUUGCUCAUAACAAUCUAUUUGGUCAUGUGCCUAGAUGUUUCGCCAAUUUUAGGGUCAUGACUGAUAUAAGCAACUCAAGUUACUUGAUUUACUCUCGGCCUUCUCUGCGUGGCUUUUUCGAAGUUCAAGAUAAUGCAUUUUUGGUGACCAAAGGAAGAGAUGUUGAAUAUAGAACCACUCUUGGAUUGGUGACAAGCAUGGAUCUUUCUGGAAAUAAUUUAUCAGGAGGAACUCACUAAA